AUGAUUAUAUAAUAAUUUGAUAAAUUAUCCUUGAUACAGGAAUUUUAAACUCUGAAAGAAUAGAUAGUUACAAAGUUUAAUGAAUAUUUCUCAAAACUUGAAAAAAUAAUAGAAGAAUUCAGUUAGCCUAUUAAUGAAUCAAUAAAAGAGCAGAUUAAAUUAAUAAAUAAUUAUGAAAGCCCAAUUGAAAGAAUAUUCUAGCAAAAGGUCAUAAAUAAGGCAAAAAUACAAGAGUAUUUAAAUUAUAUUCAAAAAUGUUGUCUAAAUAAUUUUGACUAAAUGGAUAUGAGUUUGAAUUUUAUUCAAGUUGAAGAUGAAAUUAUCAAAAUCUAGAAAGAAAUUGAUAUAUUAUACAUAGAGUAAAUGUAGGAAUCUUAAAAAUAAUAAACAGGUAAUUUAGAGGAUGUUGAAUUGAACAUAAAAUUACCACAUGAAUUGAUUGAAUAUGAAGAACAUUUUAAUCCUUAAUAUAUUUGUAUAACAAGUUGCAUAAUUAAUUUUAAAAAUGAAUUCAUAACAGGAGGUUGGGAUGGAAAAAUUGUAAGAUUUGAUUUGAAUGAAAUCAAAUAAGAACUAAAGUUAUUUAAUAAUCCUGUGAAGAUUAUCAAAUAAUUAAGAAAUAAUUGUUUAUUUAUAAUUAGUGAUUAAAAUGAAUAUAAAUUUUUAGAUUAGAGUUGGAAUAUGUUAAGGGAUGCAUAAUUGGGAGAGAUGAAUAUUAUUAAUAUUGAUGAAUAUACAUAAGAAACACAUCAUGUCAUAAAAAUAAGAGUUGAUAAUGGAGAUUGUUAUAUUGGAAAUGCAAAAAAUGCUUUUUUAAAUGGAUUUAGACAUUUAAAAAUGGAAGAUAAAAUUUAAGGUAAUGUUAUUACAACUUAUUUUGAUGAUGUUAUUGUUGUUGAUUAAUUUGAUAAUUUUGGAAAUGUUUUGAUUUAUAGUGUUGACAGCAAUAAUCAUAUAUUAAGCACAAAUUAAUUUAAAAUUUCAGAAGCCUUGAUUACAAAAGCUUUAAUAUUAAAUGAUGAUCAAUUUUACUUUAGAGAUACCCAAAAUAAAUGGUAUCUCUAUGAUACCUAAUUAGAAUCAGAAUACGAUGAUUUGAUUAAUCAUAGUAACAAUUUAGUUAUGAUCAAAGAAGACAAAUUAAAGAUUAAUGAUAUGGAAUAUGCUAAUAAAUUAACAAAAAUAUUAGAUAUGUACUCAAAUGAAAAAUAUUUAAUUGUAGUUGGUUAUGGGGAAUAAAUGAGUUUUUAAAUAUUUAAAUAUAUUUGA